GAGGCGUAGUAGAUGUCGUUGAGGAACACGGUCUGGCCCAGCACCCGUGUGCGCUCUGCCGACGUCACCUGCACCGCGGUCGAGCCAACCUUGGGGACAGAGGAGAAAACUGCUGCAGCACCUCUGGUUACAGGUUUGCCUAAAAAACACCAGCACUGCCCAAAUCUCCCUGCUGUACACUGAUGGCUGUCUGCAUCCUAGGAGCAAAUAUAUGCACAAAGGAAUCUUACUGUCAAAGGACUAAAUAUCUGAAACAUCCAUAUUCUGUUGACUACAUCUUGGCAAGGGGACUCAACAGGAAGAUGCAGACGAUGAGAUGCAGUAACCCACGCCUGGCCUUCCCUGUCAUGAUCAUCUUCUCCCUGGGGCUGCAAACGAGUGCAAACCACACAGGCUACCCUCACCUCAGAGAAGAAACCUGGAGUCCCAUCAGCCAAAACCUCAGUGGGAGUCAGAACAGGACAGAAGCAAGCACAAAUUCUCCUCUGAGUCUCAAUUUCAGCAGCCAAAGGACUACUUUUGAAAUGCAAAGUACCCUGCCAUCCUUCUCCUCCACAAUGGCCCAAAACUCAACAUCUUCCCCUGCCAAAACACAAAGUACCCUGCCAUCCUUCUCCUCCACAAUAACUCAAAAUUUGAUUUCCCCUGCCCCAAGUGCAGUUUCCACCACGGGAGGAUUAGAAAAAAGCAAUAAACCCAAGAGCCCAAUGACCAAAGAAACCUGUGAAGAAAACAAGUCUCUCAUACUGACUUGCUUCAUUAUCAUUGCAGUUCUUGUGCUCAUCUGCAUCUCCCUGUUUCUGUCCACAGUCGUAGUAGCCAACAAAAUCUCCUAUCUCAAAAGAGCCCAGCAGGGCAAACGCAGGCCCAGGAGCAAUGGUGACCUCCUGGCCACCAACAGCCUAUGGCCCACAGCAGCAGGAACGUGGCAGAGGAUGCCCAAAGAGACCAGUGGAGCUGAGCUGAUAAUGCAGGAGCUGGUAUCAGGGAGGGAUGCUGUGAACCAAAGGAAAACUGAAGAUGAAACUACUGAGAAACUCACCAAAGCAGCAGAUAAUGAACAAGAAAGCAAAGAACCAUCCCAGCCAUACAAACCCAUUUUAACCAAUUUUGUAGUUGAGAUUUAAUUCAUAUUCAGGUAAAAAUUCAUCUUUUGCCUUUGUUACACCAUUAAUGUGAGGCAAAAGCUUGUAUUUCAAGUAACAGCAAGAAUUUUCCCCCAGGAAAGCUAAAUCCAGAUUUUAGAGGUUUUCCAUUUAUGCCAGUGGGAAUGCUGCAGCCACAUGUGGAUCCAGAAAAGGUAAAAUUGUGUUAAAUAGCUUUCUGUAAGUAGUGUCAGGACUGGUUUUACUCCUUUGACCAGAAAUCAGGGUGACAGGAGCUGAACAGGAUAAACCAAAAGGACAGAAUCUGCCCAUGCUCAAAGACCACAGAGGGGAACAAGGAACAGACUGUCAGUCUGAUCAGCACUCUGAACACUAAGAUGCUGCACAGGCAUAACCAAGUUGCUUUUCAAAGGAAACCAUACAUUAGUCACAACUCUGAUUCAACCACUAAUCCACAAUCUAGUCACUCUCAAAAUGCCCUUUUGGAUUUUCCAUCAAGAACUUCUUAAACCAGCUUAAUGACUUUUCAUCUACACUGAUAAGAACCAUUUUUAUUGUGUUUUGACAUUGACUAUGAAUAGAUAAAGUUUGUAGCAUUUGCUAGAAUAUGAGAACUUGUUCAAUUUGUUAUCUUCAAUAAACUUGUAAUAUGAGU